GUCCUCUGCUACUUGCUGCCGCUGUGUGAGUUCUCGCAGUAGUACACACGCGCUCUAGCUGUGGGCCGGGCGCUAUCGCGAGAUUUGUGUCCACACGAUCAACCUGCUGGUUGACACACACAGCAGCAGUAGCGCCGAGCGCAGGCUGCCUCGGUCGGAUUGAAAGCGCAAAGAACCGACGAGGGGAAUCGAACAUCUGGCCGCACAUCAUGAUAGUAGUACGUCGAGGUCUAUAGGUGGACAAACUAACACACACUCGAAGAAGAGGGUGAGACUAAAUGUUAUGAAGGAAGAAUGGAGUUCCCAGACCAUAGCCGGCAGUUGCUGCAGUGUCUGAGUCAGCAGCGUCACCAAGGUUUCCUGUGUGACUGCACUGUUCUGGUCGGCGAGGCUCGCUUCAAGGCACACAGAGCCGUGCUGGCCUCCUGCAGUAUGUACUUCCAUCUCUUCUACAGGGACCAGCUAGACAAAAGGGACGUUGUGCAUCUCAACAGUGACAUUGUGACAGCGCCGGCUUUCAGUCUGCUCCUUGAAUUUAUGUAUGAGGGCAAGUUGGAAUUCAACACUCUUCCAGUGGAGGAUGUGCUGGCCGCGGCCAGUUACCUCCACAUGUACGACAUCGUCAAAGUGUGCAAAGGCAAGUUGAAAGAUAAAGAUGACGAGAAGAUGGGCGAGGCUUUUGGACUCAGCUGUCUGGACCGGGAUAAUUCCUCAGAUGGCGAACUGCGCAGUGACAAGCAGCUCGCGAGGCGACAGUCUCAGGGGCUCCCCGGGUCCCCCUCCCCGAUGGAACAGUUUGACACAGACAACAGCGAAGUGGGGCUUGCUGUCAGCGAUUGUGAAAGGUCCACACAGAACAGGCAGAAGGCAAAUGGUCACUCUGGCAGGUCCCCGGACCUUGUAGGUGUCAAUUAUGUGUCAGCAGAGGCCGAGCCCUGUGUCCAAACAGCUGGAAAAACAAAAGCUGAUGUCAGUAGUUCCACCGUAUCACUGUCCCAGAGGUCCCGGGCUUCGGAUGACAUGGACUGCGCUCUGGAUUUGUCUUUCAAGCCUCUGUCUAGCAGAGAUCCCUUACAGCCCUCCUACAUCUCGGGACAGCUGGCCCUCGACAGCCAGCAGCAGGGCACUGAGCCACUUGUUAAAGAUGAACACGACUUGCUGUCAGAGCAGGAGGACAGUGAGCCGAUGAGCCCUGAGAGCCAGCGCUUUGGGAAUAGCGCCAGGAGCUCAGUGGUGACAGGGUUCGCUGCCCUCUUCCCAGGCAACAACGGCUCCACCACCGUCCUCCUAUCCCAGGAGGAGGACCUGAUGGACGAAGAGGGGGAGGCCUGCGGGAGGAGGGAGGGCGCCCCCGGCAGGGAGGCGGCCGACGAGAGGAGGGGUCGGCUGCUGGGGGACAGCGAAGAGGAGGAGGAAGACGACUUGGCCUCCUCGGACAUCUCCACCUCCAGCGGGGUGCUCCUGCCGCCGGGCCAACAGGUGUGCGUGUGCCCCCUUUGCAGCAAAGUCUUCCCCAGCCCGCACGUCCUGCAGCUGCACCUUAGCUCGCACUUCCGUGAGAAGGAUGGCCCUCGCUCCAAGUUGUCUCCCGACGGCUCGGUGCCCACUUGCAUUCAGUGCAACAAGACCUUCUCCUGCAUGUACACGCUCAAGCGGCAUGAGCGCACGCACUCCGGCGAGAAGCCGUACACCUGCGGGCAGUGUGGCAAGAGCUUCCAGUACUCGCACAACUUGAGUCGGCACGCCGUGGUCCACACGCGAGAGAAACCUCACGCGUGUAAGUGGUGCGAGCGUCGCUUCACGCAAUCCGGGGACCUGUACCGCCACAUCAGGAAGUUUCACUGUGGCCUUGUCAAAACUCUCUCCAUUGGCUAAAACGCUCUAAAGUGCCAUGAUGACCCCUGCGUCUUUUUCACACAGUAGUAUUCACACACUGGCAGUUUGGGUUCUACCCCAUGUGGCAUUUUCUUGUGAACGAUGUAGCAAUGUUAAAAAAAAAAAAAAAACACUUCUCCUGAGCUGGUUGCUUCCUGAUUGGCGAACUGCGUCAGUGCAGUGUGGACAUCAAACAAAGUAGAUGAUGCACUUGUUUGUUUGUGUGUUGUUUGUCUGUGUGUUUAUUAGAAGCAUCCUGGGGGCCCAAUAGAAGAUGCUAACAUUUGUUAAUACAAUCCACUUUAUUUGUGCACAUCAGUACCGUCCUUUUUUUUUUUUUAAAGAAAAAUCUCCUACUUUAUUAUUCUAAUUAAUAUUAUUUAUUCGGGUAUUUGUAACAAGUCAGAAUCACAAGGCAGCAAAACUAAUGAAGUUAUACUACUGGAGUAUUUUUGUUGUUGAAGUUAAAGAUCAACUUAAAGGUGAUAUGAUUAUGGACAUAAUUUGCCUUAAUUGGGUAGUAUCACCUGUCCUUUUUUUUUUUUAAAUCAGGAAUGUGAAUUAAUUGAAGGAAAGGCCCAAAUACUACUAUAGAAAAUAUAUAUUGAAAGGUGGCACACAGAAUGCCUGUACCCCUGGUGCCUCUUUACACUUUAGUGUAUUUAUUGACAAGUGUGAUCUGUCAUCAUGCCUUUUGUCAAAUCCACUCGCACAUCCCAGAGGAGGUAAUAGGCAGCACUGGAAUGCUAAUUGAUCCACUCGUGCCCUUACAAGAAUGUGACCCAACGAUGUAAAUGAAGCUCUUAUCAAUGAAGUUAUUGAUUAGUGGAUGAGUGUUAUUUCCUGGUAUUGCAGCAGUAUAAAGAAAGUGUUGCAGGGCACAGGUGGAUUUGUUUUGGAUGGUGGCCAUGGCAGCCAUACCGUUCUGCAAAAGCUACUGACUUUUUCUUUUAAAUUAACCUCUUGCCCACCAUAUCUUCUUACUGUAUGUGUUACUACUGAUGAAGUUGCUGGAGCCUUUAGUGGUUUAAAAAAAAAGGUCUUUGGGAAUGAAGGAGGAGUGCAACUAGUUGCUAAAUGGCUUCUUUUUGUCGAAUCUGUCCUGAGAAGACUUGAUCUGAAUUUAUUUAUUAGCUUGGUUCAGGGUUUAAUGUAGGGGUUUUUCAAUAAGCUCAUAAGUUGGUACUCAUUAACUGUCAUUGGGGCUGUUAUUUUUUUUUUCCUUUGUGCAAAUCAAGUUACUGUAAUUGUGUUUUAAUAGAGAAUUAUCAGUCACAUAGAGAAGCACUUGUUUUUAGCAUGCAUAUAGUUUCAACACUAUUGCCUAGGCUGCUAUUACAAUUUGUAUAUUUAAUGUACAUAUAUAUUCUAUUUAUGUCUGUUUUUACAACACCCGCAUGGUGGAGGGCAUCAGGUGUCUUUAUUAAAGGCUGCAGUCGCUCACAGUGUCUUCCUUCAGGGAGGGGAAAAGUUUCUCACCUCAAGGCUUUGAGGGGACUGCGGUGUUGUGCAAAUCAGAAUCUGAGGAGUUUAAUUCUGCUGUGCUCUUCUGCAACAGGAAAUACUUUUUUUCCACAAGCCAUAGUCAUUGGCCACCUAUAGAAAUUGGACAAUACAGGCUUUGUCUUCCCCCCCUUCACACACACACACACACACACACACACACAAGUCCCAGGUAGUUCUCAAGGGAUCAUUGUGUAUCUCUCACCGAGCUGCUGCUGAGGUGGAGGGGGGAUUGCACGUUUCUCUUGGCGCUUUGCUGUAUUGAACGGAGCCAUUGGAAUGUGAGAAAUGUAUUUAGGCGAAGGGAAACCAAGGAGACUGUAAACAGGUGUAUUGUUUGGAGGCAUCAAAGUCCUGCCCCCCCACAGCAUGCAGUAGAUAAAUGCGUCAUUGUUCUACACAGAGCAGAGACCAUUGGGAUUGAUUGUACACCUAUAAAGAGAUUAGGAGAAUUAUCAUCCUGCCUAUAAAACUAGCAUAUAAACAUCUGGGUGGUUGUACUUUAACAGCCCUUCUUUCAGGACUUCACACAUGACGUUUAGUAAUAAGUAGUAGUAAUUACAAAGGUUUGUCAGCAGGAAAAACAACCUGUCUUACUCUCGCUCGCUCUCUCUGAGUUGAACCACUUUAGUUAGCGCCUCUGUUCCACAUACGUGCUUGUUGUGUUGUGUUCAUUAUAUUCAAACGCAUCCAAGCAGGAAUAUGCUGUAAGUUCUCUUGAUUCUUGAAUGUACAUGUGUACAAAGCUAUAAUAACUAACAUGUAAAGGUUUGUUUUCCUUUUUUGUAGUGUUCCACAAGUGGUUAUUUAAAGCUCCAGGAUGUUCACCGAGCGUGCCUUGUCGACACACAAAUAGGUGUUGCAUCUGGAGGAGCCUCUGUAUGUUGCCCACUCGCUUCACAACUACACUUUUCUUUUUCCUAACAUAUCAACGUGUAAACGUUUUUUUUUUUUUUUUUUGCUGCUUUGUGUGAGGUUCCUGGGUUUUUGGGAGUGGGGAGGGAGGGGGUGGUCUUUAACCAUUUCAUUGUGUGAAUAAAUGGAUGUGUUAAACAGAUGACAAGCAUUCGGUGUGUGUGUGUGUGUUUUGGGUUCCAGUAGCUCCUCGGGUCAUGUCACUGUUGAAUGUGAACUGCUGAGAUUCUCAUUGUUGUCUUUUCAUGGAAACUAAACUCCUUUUGGUCAAAGGCAAUGUUUGCCUAACUCAUGCUGUAUGAUCUUUUAGUCAGAAAAUGACUUCAUUAACCUAUACUGGAAUGUUUUCGUCUGCAGGUUCCAACUGUGAAAUUGUGUACGAUCACAAGAACUAUUUAUUACUAUUACAUUUGCUUCUCCUGCAGCAUCUGGUUUUUUUUUAAAUUAGGUUACAGUGUCUCAUGGAAAUCAAACUGUAGAAGUGCCAUUAGAGUUUAAUAUGUUGGGGUUUUUUUUAAAUGAGAAAAGUAUAUUUUAUAGUAAUUGCUUCAGUGUUAGUGGUGUAGAGAUUAGGGGACAAUCUUUGCUUAGAUAUGGAAGCAAUUUACUGUUUUUCAUUUAUUGUACUGUGCAUUUUAAUUGUUUGACUUGUUUGUGUGAGUGUGCGGAGGCGUGUGUGCUGUGGAAAUGUGACAAUCUGGAUUUAGGUCUUUAUUAAGAUUAUGCAUAGAAUUAAAUGGAACA